AGAGGAAGAUGCCUUGGGCCCCCCAGGCAGACCCCGAGCUGAGGACGGAGAGCCCGGAGGACAAAUCGCCCCGUGAGACCCUGGUGGGAGAGGCCAUUUUGAAGGGCUCCAUGGUGCAGGAAGGCAGUGGGGAGGAAAAGGGCCGGAGAUCCCCCUGCAGGAGGGGCUCCAAAGCCAGCCCAGGGUGCUCUGAGGAGGAAAGACCCAGCCUGUGCCAGGAAGGUGGCCGGAGUUUGAGGCGGAGCUCUGAGCUGGUGAUCCCUGAGCAGUCUCCCAGCAGGGAUAAGCCCUUCAAGUGCUUGGAAUGUGGGAAGAGCUUCAGGAAGAGCUUCAACCUCCUCACCCACCAGCACAUCCACACUGGGGAACGUCCCUACAUGUGUAGGGAAUGUGGGAAGAGCUUCAGGCAGAGAUCCAGCCUGAUCCGACACCAGCACAUCCACAGUGGGAAACGGCCCCACACAUGUGGGGAAUGUGGGAAGAGCUUCAGGGACAGCUCCACCCUCUGCACCCACCAGCGCAUCCACACUGGGGAACGACCCUACAGGUGCUUGCAAUGUGGGAAGAGGUUUCAGACCAGCUCACAUCUCCUGAAGCACCAGCGAACGCACACGGAUGAGAGACCCUUCUGCUGCACCGACUGCGGGAAGGGCUUCAACCGGAACUCCCACCUUGUCAUUCACAGGCGUAUCCACACUGGGGAGAGGCCCUACAAGUGUGGGCAGUGUGGGAAGAGCUUCACCCAGAGGUCUAAUUUGAACAAACACCAACGGACCCACCAGUAAGGGAAGCCCUGUGAGGCCCCCACUGUGAGAAGAGCUUCGGCUGUAGGACUGACAGGCAAAAAAGGUUUCAAAAGGUCUUCAGGAUUUUGAGUAUCUGCACUCCAACAUCAAUUUAUUCUUUUGAAUAUGUGUAAGUUUAACCUCAUUUUAGUCUGAAAGCCAAAUUCAGCACUACCCCAUUCCCUGAUAACUGUGGGCUGAUUCUGACAAGUGAGGCAGAAAUUACCCACUGCCCAGCAAAAACCAUUGGGACCAACCAGUGGUCCCUGCCCUGGCAGCCAAGUUUCCCCAGUGUCAUCUCAAAAUGACCAGUUACACUGAAGCAAAGAGCACUGGAACCAGUGCAACAAGCCCCAGUCUGACUUUCACACCUGCCCAUGUGUCCUGUUUUCUGCUGCUCUACAGACUUCUUUCUUUAAAAUACAAUGGAAAAAAAGAAACAGUUUUUGGGGUUGUUUUGGUUUUUGGCUCGGGUGGUUUUUUUUCCCCCCACUGUUCUCAUUAACCUCAUUUCAAAUCUAUUUUGGUGUUUGAAGAUGAAUUAAAAUUUUGAAUGAUUUUUAUUGUUAAUGCCUUGACCAAGGUAUCAAAACAUGAAAAAUA